AUGGGCGGUGUACGAGGAAAGUCUCAAGGCUGCGGAACCUGUCGAGCACGUAAAAUCGCGUGCGGACAAGAAAGACCCAGCUGCAGUCAAUGCCUCAAAUCCAAUCGCCAAUGCUUGGGUUACCGGCGCGACAGGGUCUUUGUCCUGGUUCAACCCGGAGCCAAAGAAUCCUCUCGCACGACCCGCCAGGACCACGCGAACAAUCAAAUCAUUCUCGAUCAAGGUCCUGGAAAUGUGAUCAUCAUGAGUUGCCAUAUUCGCCAACGGCUCCUCGACGAAUUCAUCGGUCGCUGUCUGCCUCACACACGCUUCCUAUCACCCAAGCAUUACAGGCCAUGGCUGUUUCUCCUACCUGAUAUCCCCACGAGAUCCAAGGCACUGGAAUUCUCCACCUUGGCGAUUUCCUGCGCGGCUCUCGGUCGGAAAUUCCAAGACACUGCGCUCAUACACCAGAGUCUAAAGGCGUAUACGAGAGGCCUUCGCGAGAUGCAGAGGGCGCUCUGGAAUGCCAGUCUGAUGCACGACAAUGAAACGCUGGCUGCGUGUUUGGUUCUGAGCCUGUAUGAACUUAUGGAGUGUCCAGAUAACGGGGCCGACGCAUAUUUGAGCCAUUGCAGGGGGUUCUUGUCGCUGAUAAAGGCGCGUGGUAUGGAUGCGCAUACGGCUGGGAUAGGGCAUGAUCUUUUCCUGGGGGUGAGAUUACAGGGGAUCCUUGAUGCGAUUGGCCACCGUGUGCCGAAUUUCCUAUGCGAUCGAGCCUGGUGCCAGGAUCCCUGGACCUCACGGCCAAAACGAAUGGCUGAUCGCAUUGCGGAUUGCCUGGCUGACAUACCCUCUAUUCUCCAGCGUUAUGAUCAACUGUCAUCGCUCAACCGGGCGGACAUUCUAAACUCAACAUACUUGCUUGUCGGGGAAUGUCUGAGAAUCGAUCAAACUCUACAGGACAUCUACGAAGCAAUCCGGCUUGAGGUAUCGGGUCCGUUGUACUGGCCUGUUCUCUCGCAGUCAUUCCAGAGCAGCGCUCCCGGCCAGGGACAAUUCUCCGUGGUAUACAACUUUCCCGAUCUCAAAACUGCAACGUUGUUGAUGCUGUAUUGGGCGUCGAAGGCGCUUUUGUGGGCGACGCUGAGCAACCUGUACGACGUCAUUCAGCUACAGGAUCUCCGUGGCGCCGCUGCCUCCAUUGUUGAAGUAACCAGUGAGAAACAUAACCUGGGUCCCAACAAAUACGACGAGAGCUCACCCGACCGAGAUUCCCCAACUCGAGACGAUGGACAGAACUACAUGAGCAUGGCACGCAACGUCUGCCAGUCUCUGGAGUACUGCCUGCAAGAAGACAUGUCACUUCUGGGGAUAUUUGCCGCUUCAACACCCGUAAUCAUUGCAAUAUGGGCUAUCCGGUACCGACAAAAUGACGAAGCGGAGUUGGCCUGGUUGAUGGGCGUAUCGCAGAAGAUGCACCAGGGGCUGCGGAUGUGGCCAUACAUAUGA